AAUGCAGGAAGCUGACCUUGUUGCAAAGAUGCUACGAGCUGUUCUUCAGUCACACAAAAAUGGAGUGCCUUUGCCAAAGCUUCAAGGGGAGUACAAAUCUUUGACUGGAGACUGGAUCCCUUUCAAGCAACUAGGACAUGCUACACUGGAAGGAUACUUGAAGAGCGUCCCAGGAGUUGUCAGGAUAGAAGUUAAUAAAAUGGGUGAGAUAACUUGCCAUGCUGUUGCUUGCGCAGAGACUGCGCGAAUUGCUCAACUGGUGGCUCGCCAGAGAAGUUCAAAAAAGAAAGUGGGACGACAAGUAAACUGCCAAAUGAGGCUGAAGAACACAGCUCCAUUCUCAUUAGUAGGAAAGCCAAAAGGAACUUUGAGGCAGCCGGGGUUAAUGAUUAUACCAGACGAAGGCAGCAGAAGACCUAUACCUCCUGUGCAGAGAAGCAGGGGGAGUUCAUAUGGAAUUGCGAAACCCAGCAUGGAGACAUUUCCAUAUGUUUUGCCCUCAAUAGUUGGAAGUGGACCAUCCAAAGAGGCUCCAAUGCAGAGACAUGUGACAAUGAUAAACAGACCAGAAAAAAGAUUAACACUUCCUCCACGGUUUCAGAAAGAACUUCAAGUGCAUCUUUCAAGAAGGCCUUCUGUGGAUUCGGAUGACCAUUUGAAUGAACCUAUUCAAGAAACGCACAAAAUCCCAUCCAGUCUUCCUAAUUCUAAUGUAAAUGAAGUUCAGAAUCGUAUUAGAGGAAUUCUGACUAAAUACAGCAAUGGUAUCUGGUUAUCAAAGAUACCACAGUUUUACAAGGAGAUGUAUGAGGAGGAACUUAAUACAGAUGUACUUAAACAACUUGAACAUUGGCCUCAUAUUUGCAUGGUGGAAACAGCAUGCACUAGUGGGCAAACAGAUGUACUCCUUUACCCUGCUAAGAAAACAAAACAUUUUAUAAAGAGUGGUUUAGAUCAUGAAAGAAAAUCUCAAAACCUUCCUUCUUCAAAAGCAGACCCUUUGCUAAAACCAAUUAUGGAGAUCAAAUCUGCUUCACAUAACAGUGACUUCAAACAGAAAGUUGCAGAAAUUUUGCUUAAGUAUUCCAGUGGUCUUUGGGCUAAUGCACUUCCCAAGGUGUAUGAAGAUGCAUACAAAAUAAAAUUUCCUGAAGAUAUUUUGAAUAAUCUUGACUUACUAUCUGAUGUCUGUACUGUGGACCAAAUAUGUGACAAUCCCAAAAAGGCAAUCCUUUAUGCUAAACCGCAAAAGUCUGUUGAUGAGAAUCUGAAUGUCACUGAAAAUAUCCACAUACACAAAGAUAUUAAGGCAGUGGUGGAGCAAGAGCACGCUCUACUAAUGGAAGAGGCGAAGCAACAGUGUCCAGAAAAUUUAACUGUCCCUCCUUUAAUUGUUCCAGCUGAAGCAUCCCCAUCCGUAUUGAUAGUAGAGCUGUACAACACUAAUGAAGUUGUCAUCAGGUAUGUGGGAAAAGACUAUUCUGCUGCUCAGGAACUGAUGGAAGAUGAGAUGAAAGAAUUUUAUAGUCAGAAUCCACCAGCAUUACUAAUACAGUCUGUAAGUCCAGGACAGCUUGUUGCUGCACAUGCUGAAGAAGAUGCCUGGUUGCGUGCUCAGAUAAUUGCAGUUGAAGACAACAGAAUGAAGGUAUGCUAUGUCGAUUAUGGUUUCAGUGAGUUUAUUGAAAACAACAAAGUAUACAAACUAGACAAGCAGUUCCAUUCACUUCCAUUCCAAGCUGCAAAAUGUAAAUUAGCAGGACUGGAAGUCUUUUGUGAUGAUCCUGUCUUAGUGAAAAUAGUUGAAUCACAAACCUGUGGAAAGAUAUUUGCUGUGGAAAUAUUGGAAAAAAGUGAGAUUCCUCUUGUUGUGCUGUAUGAUACAUCAGGAGAGGAUGAUAUCAACAUAAAUGCUACCUGUUUGAAGGCCUUGUUUGACACAUCACUUGAACUGCAUCUUCAGGUAGAUGCUCUAUAUACAAAUGUUAAGGUAACCAAUGUUUGCUCUGAUGGAACCAUAUAUUGUCAACUCCCAUCAAAGGGCUUGAUCAAAUUAUGUGAGAUCUUACAGAAGUUAGAAGACUACUUACGUUAUAAGCAGACAACAGAUUAUUCCGUCUCAUUACCUUUUUGUGGCAAAGUCUGUUUGUUCCAUUGUAAAGGAAAAUGGGCACGUGUGGAGAUAACAAGCGUUCACAGCAGCCGGGCACUUGAUGUGCAGUUCAUGGAUACAGGAACAGUUGCAUCUGUAAAAGUAACAGAGCUUAGAGAGAUCCCACCACAAUUCCUGAGAGAAAUAAUCACAAUACCACCCCAGGCUACGAAGUGCUGUCUAGCAGAUCUUCCCCUUAACAUUGGCAUGUGGACUCCAGAUGCUGUGCUUUGGCUUAGAGAUACAGUAUUAAAUUGUCCAGAUUGCAGCAUUAAGGUUGCUAAGCUGGAUGACUGGAAGAGAAUUGCACACAUUUAUUUGUUCACUCCCAAGAACUUCCCAGAUCCAGAUCGUAGUAUCAAUCGGCAGAUCACUAAUGCUGACUUGUGGAAGCAUCAGAAAGAUGUUUUCUUAAGUGCUGCUCCCAGUGGAGUUGGCUCUUUAAAGGGAAAAAGUGAUGAUCUCCCUGCUUCAGAGUUGAUGAGUAUGGGUCUCAAGAAAUGCAUCGUUGAAUCGGUCAAGACUGUUCUAGAACCUAGCAGUGAGGUGUCUACCAUUUGUAUGCCCCCUCCUCUACCUUUAUCGAAGCCUGGGGAACACAUGGAUGUAUAUGUUUCAGUUGCCUGCCACCCUGGUCACUUUGUUGUCCAGCCUUGGCAAGAACUACAUAACCUAGAAGUCCUUAUGGAAGAAAUGGUUCUAUAUUAUAGCAUGGCAGAAGGCAGACCUGUGACUGUUCAGAAAAACAAACUCUAUGCAGCUAAAGUAGAAAAUAAAUGGUACAGGGUGCUGAUAAAAGGAAUUCUGACAAAUGGGCUAGUAUCGGUUUAUGAACUGGACUAUGGCAAACAUGAGGUGGUCAGCGUCAGGAAAGUACAGCCUCUAGUAGACACGUUCAGAAAACUACCAUUUCAAGCUAUAACAGCCCAGCUUGCAGGAGUGGAAUUCCAGCAGUGGUCAGAAGAAGCAUCAAUAGUGUUUCGAAAUCAUGUAGAGAAGAAACCCCUGGUGGCACUGAUACAGGCAGUUAAUGAAAGCAGUAAUUCUUGGGACCGAAAAAUAGUAACAUACUUAGUGGACACCUCACUACCUGAUACUGAUAAAUGGAUUCAUGAUUUCAUGUCUCAAUAUCUUGUGGAGAUUUCAAAGGCUAAUUAAUCACUGCUUCUGAAACCAUAACAACUAAUCCAGAUUCUUUAGCAAUAAAAAAAUAUAGCAGGAUUUUUAAAGAUAAAUUUAACUGUUCUUUCAUGGUCUUGAAUGAAUAAUAUAUAUUAUACACAUAUAUACAUUUAAUAUGAAGGCAAUAGGUUUGAAAAAUUGGAUGCUUGCAGUCUGUGAAAGAGAUUUAACAGGCUUUUUUGCUUUUAUUUUACAAUGAGUUGACUUUCCAAGAACUUGCACUUUGUUUACAACUGUAGUAUUAGAAUGUUGGAGUGAAGAAUACAGAACAAGAAAAAAAACAAAAAUGUUAUUUAUCAUUAAAAUUUGCUGGUAACUUGCCUUUAUUUUCCUUCUUGGACUUUUUUUAGGCUUCUCAGACCUAAUACAUUUUGAGGCUUAUUAAACUGCUUACAAAGUUUCUGCUGCACAGCUUCUCCCCUCAGUGUUAAAUAAAUACCUGAUUCACAUUUGAA